AUGUACAUGUCUACAUGUUGGAGCGCACGAAGACACGAGCNGAAUGAAACACUGCUCAACGCACACAUGUGUAUCGCCGUCCUUGCAUCCUACAGCAGCUGCCAUGGGCACGCCUGCAACUGUCACAACAUGCAGCAUGUGUUGAUUUAGAGCAUGUACUACUGUACCUACAGCAAAUGUUGCUUCCUCUUGUAGCAAAAUGAGGAGAUAUGCUACAUAGAAAAGAGACGUACAAGUAUGGAUGUGGAUGUGGAUAUGCAUAGACCAUAUCUGUAAAUGUACAUGUCUACAUGUUGGAGCGCACGAAGACACGAGCUACAUGCACGAGACUAUUCCGAUGUGUACAGAAUCCUCACAUGAAACACAUGCUACUGCUAUGCAUACGUGUUGGGGCUAAAGCCAGACAGCCAGCUACAGGCAACAUACACUUAUCAUGGGUGGUACUUUCGCGACUCACUUGAUUCCGUAGACGCUUCGUUGUGACCGCGCCUCCCGAGCUCCUCUCGGCUGCCUUGGCAAAGUCGACCGCCCCGCUACAGCGAGACGAGAGUGAUGGUACCCGCAGAGACCGGGGUGCUGCUGCGCCGCGGUCUUCCUUUCCGCAAGGUUCCUGAUCUCGGGUUGGGGCUGCGGCUCUGCUGCCCCGUGUUGACAGUAGCGCUGUCCUACCGCCCGGGCUGCAGCAGCCGUGGCGUCGGGAAGUUGGUCUGGCGUGGAUUUUGCGAUAGCCAGCAGCUCAUCCCAGACAACACGUGGAGCCGUCUCGGGACGCCAUUGGUCUGCUAUGUGCUGCCAAAACUGAGCAACUUCCUCUGGGUCCAUGAUGAUGGUAGUGAUUGGGUUACUUCUGCUGCUUCUGUUGUGCCUAAAGGUAGAAAGGUAGGAGCGGCAAGGAGACUAUCGUCCCCGCCCACUUUUCGCUCACAAUAGCAAGGGUUUUCGGGACUACAGCUCGGAUCACAGCUCCAAGCGUCCCGCUCUAUCUGUAAUAUAGAAAGAAAUUGAUAAUUUUGCACGUUAUUUCUAUUUGACCCGAUAUUGCUUUAUUUUCCAAUUCGUACACACAGCAGUUGGUUGCAUACAGACUUUUCUUCGUUUUGUGCCCAAGUUAUCGCUGGCGCACAGGCGUGAGGGUCCACCUUGCGAUGCUUCUCGAUCGAGCCCCCCAGUUCACGCCCAGCUCGUACAGCAGUCACCGAUGAGAGCCCUGAUGUGUGUUGGUCUGCUGUUUUAUACCAAAGGUGUGCAGAAAUCAGGAGACGGUGGUUGAAAUAUGUGUGCUCCACAGCCUUGGCCUUGAUGAUGUCAGCGGUCUCUUCGCCCAGUCGAGAAAAAAAAAAACUCGGAAGAUCCAGGGAAAAUCCAGCAGUCACAUAAGGCAAAAUAUCAUUGCUGCAUUGCUGCAUGCAACCGAAUUCUUCUAAUCUCGGACCACAAAUGACGUCACAUGACCAAGUUAAAUUUCUUCUAAAACGUAGACCAAAUGACGUCACAUGACCAGGUGAAAAUACAACACCUCGAUGGCUUCCAAAUCUGCAGUUGACCCCAUGGUCGGGAAGCCCCUUUCGCACAUUCCCAGCUUGAUCCCUACCGCAAGCCUCCCAUUGUGUUCGGAGCAGCCGGCAUUCGGAUCCCUGCCGUCGUACCACAUAAAUAGCCCCUCCGAUAGGACUUGAGGCAAGGCGGGAAGGCUGUAUCGGGUUUCGUGCAAAGGUGCUCUCCCAUAUUGACCUCGCGGCUGACACACAUCGUCUUCUCUGCUGACCGCUGUGUAUCCAGGUGGGUAAUUUCUACGUGUUGUAUAUUUCGCCGUACUCCGUAACAUGUCCACACCACUGCUCCACACGGAGAGACCAACUGCCACUCGCUGCUACUGCUGACCUUCAUGACGGAUGCUCUUCAACGGGAUUACGACAUGGUUGCGACAAGAUGUCUCGGCAAACCGCUCUGAGGAACACCAGGGAAGUUGACAACAAUCGCCACAUUGGAUGUAUAUCAUUUGAACACUUUCCGUGCUCUACUGAUGCUGAUUACCAACACCAAACAUACCAGGAAACCAGCUAACACGAUACAAACUGAACGCUAUGCCCUACCUACCAUGAACCAGGUGUACCAUUCUCUUCUACUGUAAGCAUCACUGAUACGCUACCCCAAAGGGUCAAAUAAGUUUUUUUGUUUGAAAAACGAGAUAUGUACUGCUGUAGCCUUCUUUCCAUCUUCCAUGAUUUUUACAUC